AUGAAACUAACACCUUUUUUCCCUAUUUAUUAUAGAAAUUUAUUCACAAAAACAUUUAAUAGCUCCUUACACUCUAAAUUAAGUGCUCCAAAUAUUUAUUUCAAAUACCAAAAAAUGACAACUACAACACUAGCCUCCAAGCAUCAAAAAUUAGCAAAUCACUUUUUAGGUUUGAAUACCAUCGAUAAAGCAGAACCUUCCGCUCUAAAGGACUUUGUUGUUAAGCAUGAAGGUCACACCGUCAUUAAGAAGAUAUUAAUCUCAAACAAUGGUAUUGCUGCCGUUAAGGAGAUCAGAUCAGUUAGAAAAUGGGCCUAUGAGACAUUUGGUGACGAAAAAACCAUUCAAUUUGUUGCAAUGGCAACACCAGAAGAUUUAGAAGCAAAUGCCGAAUACAUCAGAAUGGCUGAUCAAUAUGUUGAAGUUCCUGGUGGAACAAAUAAUAAUAACUACGCUAAUGUCGACUUGAUUGUCGAAAUUGCAGAAAGAACCAAAGUUGAUGCCGUCUGGGCAGGUUGGGGUCACGCUUCUGAAAACCCAGAUCUACCUGAAAAAUUGGCUGCGUCCCCAAGAAAGAUUAUCUUUAUUGGUCCUCCAGGAUCUGCAAUGAGAUCUCUAGGUGAUAAAAUUUCUUCGACAAUUGUGGCCCAACACGCCAAAGUUCCUUGUAUCCCAUGGUCCGGUACUGGUGUCGAUAAAGUUGUUGUUGACAAGGAAUCUAAUUUGGUUUCAGUCGAUGAAGAAACCUAUGCUAAAGGUUGUUGUACAGGUCCAGAAGACGGUUUAGUGAAGGCUAAACAGAUUGGUUUCCCUGUUAUGAUCAAAGCUUCCGAAGGUGGUGGUGGUAAAGGUAUCAGAAAGGUCGAUGACGAAAAAGAUUUUCUAAGGUUAUAUGACCAAGCAGCAAACGAAAUUCCUGGUUCUCCUAUUUUCAUUAUGAAGUUAGCAGGUGCUGCGAGACACUUGGAAGUCCAAUUAUUGGCAGAUCAAUAUGGUACCAAUAUUUCUUUGUUUGGUAGAGAUUGUUCUGUUCAAAGAAGACAUCAAAAGAUUAUUGAAGAGGCACCAGUAACUAUUGCUAAGCCUGAGACUUUUAGGGAAAUGGAAUCUGCUGCUGUCAGAUUAGGUGAAUUAGUUGGUUAUGUCUCUGCAGGUACCGUUGAAUAUCUAUACUCUUACGCAGAUGACAAGUUCUAUUUUCUUGAAUUGAAUCCAAGAUUGCAAGUUGAACACCCAACAACUGAGAUGGUCUCUGGUGUUAAUUUACCAGCUGCUCAAUUGCAAAUCGCUAUGGGUAUCCCAAUGCACAGAAUUAACGAUAUUAGAUUACUAUAUGGUGUUGAUCCUCACACUUCGACUGAAAUUGACUUCACCUUUAAGAAUCCAGAAUCUUUACAAACACAGAGGAAACCUACACCAAAGGGACAUUGUACUGCAUGUCGUAUAACUUCUGAAGACCCAAGCGAAGGUUUCAAACCAUCAGGUGGUACAUUGCACGAGUUAAAUUUUAGAUCUUCUUCAAAUGUUUGGGGUUAUUUUUCUGUUGCUAACCAAUCAUCAAUUCAUUCGUUUGCAGAUUCGCAAUUCGGUCAUAUUUUUGCUUUUGGUGAAAACAGGGAAGCUUCCAGAAGACACAUGGUUGUUGCAUUGAAGGAACUAUCUAUUAGAGGUGAUUUUAGAACUACUGUUGAGUAUUUAAUCAAAUUAUUGGAAACUCCGGAUUUCUCUGAAAACACAAUUACAACUGGUUGGUUGGAUGAAUUGAUUUCAAAGAAGCUAACUGCUGAAAGACCAGACCAAAAUAUUGCAGUUAUCUGUGGUGCUGUUACCAAAGCUUAUUUGCAAGCAGAGGAAUGUAAGAGAGAAUACAUUGCAUCUCUAGAGAAGGGUCAAGUUCCUUCAAAAGAAUACUUAAAGACCAUUUUCAAUGUUGAAUUUAUUUAUGAAGGCUCCAAAUUCAAGUUCACAGUUGCAAAGUCCAGCGAUGAAAACUUCACCUUGUUUAUCAACGGUUCAAGAGUUUUCACCACUGUUAAAUCAUUAUCUGAUGGUGGCUUAUUGAUUGCCUUAGGUGGUAAAUCACAUCCUGUUUAUUGGAAGGAAGAAGUCUCUGCAACAAGAUUAUCUGUUGAUGGUAAAACCUGUUUGUUAGAGGUUGAAAAUGAUCCAACCCAAUUAAGAACUCCUUCACCGGGUAAGUUGGUUAAAUACUUGGUUGAGGAUGGUGAACACAUCAAGGCAGGCCAACCAUACGCCGAAGUUGAAGUCAUGAAAAUGUGUAUGCCUUUAAUUGCAGGUGAAGAUGGUACUGUUCAAGUUCUAAAGCAGCCAGGUUCAACUGUCAAUGCUGGUGACAUUUUAGCAAUUCUCUCAUUAGACGAUCCAUCUAAGGUUAAACAUGCUCUUCCAUUUAACAAGACACUACCGGACUUUGGGUUACCAAUGGUGGUGGGCACUAAACCAGCGCAAGUUUUCCAUAGAUUGUACAACGUUUUAGUUUCUAUUUUACAUGGAUUCGAUAAUCAAGUUGUUAUGAAAUCAACAUUGGCUAAUUUAAUUGAAGUUUUAAGAAACCCAGAAUUGCCAUACUCAGAAUGGAGUCUUCAAAUCUCUGCUCUUCACUCUAGAUUGCCGCUAAAAUUAGAUGCUCAAUUGACUGAGCUAAUUGACAGAACUCAAAAGAGAAAUGCAGAAUUCCCAUCCAAGCAAAUUUUGGCGUUAUUUGAAAAGACAAAGAAAGAGGAAGAUGUUGAUAUUUUAUUUGAUCAAGUUAUUGAACCUUUGGUUUCCAUUGCAACUCGCUAUGAACACGGUAUCGCUGUUCACGAAUACAAUGUCUUUGCCGAAUUGUUAGAAGAAUAUUACAGAGUUGAGAAAUUAUUCUCUGGUGAUAAUGUUAGGGAAGAAGAUGUUAUCUUAAAGCUUAGAGAUCAACACAAGAACGAUUUGAAGCUUGUUGUCCAAACUGCACAAUCACAUUCUAGAAUUGCUUCUAAGAACAACUUAAUCAUUGAAAUUUUAAAUAACUAUCAGUCUGUUUUGAAGAACUCGCCAGUUGCUGUUGAAAUAUUUAGAACUGAAUUAAAGAAGAUUGUUGAAUUGGAUACACGGGCUACCGCUAAGGCUACAUUAAAGGCAAGAGAAAUCUUGAUUCAAUGUUCUAUGCCUUCAAUAACCGAAAGGACUGAGCAAUUGGAGCACAUCUUGAAAUCUUCAGUUAUUUCCACUAAGUUUGGCGAAAUUGGUUCCCAAGAACACACCUUACCAAAAAUGACUAUUAUUCAAGAUAUUAUUGAUUCUAAAUAUACCUUGUUUGACGUUCUAACUCCAUUCUUGUGUUCAUCAGAUCCAUGGGUUGCAGCUGCAGCUGCUGAAGUGUACGCAAGAAGAGCAUAUAGAGCUUACUCUGUUCAAGGUGUCAAGCAUGAGGUUCCAGAAAAUACCACAGAAUUGCCAGUCUUGAAAUGGUCCUUCCAAUUACCAAGCUUAUCGACUUCUUCCUUUAAUGCUAUCCCAGAUUCAUUAAACAGAGCUAUUUCUGUUUCUGACUUAACUUUUAUGAUCAACAAGAAUGAUUCUCAACCUGUUAGAACUGGUAUUCUUGUGGCUGCUAAGCAUUUAGAUGAAGCAGAAACUGCUUUGAUUACUGGUCUUGCAUCAUUGAAGAAAGAUGUCAAAGAUUCAUCCUCGUUGAUUAAUGUCUUUAACAUUUAUGUCAAUGCCGUCGAUGGUUAUGAUAAUGAAGCAUCAAUUAUUGAAAAGAUGAAUCAAAUUUCAGAAGAUUACAAGAGGGAUCUGAAUGAAGUUGGUGUUAGAAGAAUUACCUUCAUCUUAGGUGACAGACUAGGAAGUUAUCCAAAGUAUUUCACAUUCAAGACAUCCGCCUUAGGUCAACCAUAUAUUGAAGAUCAAAUGAUCAGACACAUUGAACCUGCACUUGCUUACCAAUUAGAAUUGGCUAGGUUGUCUAACUUUAACAUCAAGUCAAUUCCAACUGAUAACAGAAAUAUUCAUGUUUAUGAAGCCUCUGCUAAGAACUCAUCCGCCAUUGACAAGAGAUACUUCACCAGAGGAAUUGUUAGAACUGGAUCAAUUAAGAGUGAUAUCACAGCAUCUGAAUAUUUAAUUUCUGAGGCACAUAGAUUAGUUUCUGAUAUUUUGGACCAGUUAGAGAUUCUUGAUACAACCAACACCGACAUGAACCACAUUUUCAUUAACUUUUCUGCUGUCUUCAACAUUACUCCAGAGGAUGUUGAAAACGCAUUUGCUAGCUUUUUAGAAAGAUUUGGUAGAAGAUUGUGGAGAUUAAGAGUUACUGGUGCAGAAAUUAGAAUUAUGUGCACUGAUCAAAGUGGUAUUCCAUUUCCACUAAGAGCCGUUAUCAAUAACAUCAGUGGAUAUGUUGUGAAAUCAGAACUAUACAUUGAGGAAAAGAAUGCCCAAGGCGACUGGAUUUUCAAAUCUAUUGGCACACCAGGUUCUAUGCACCUAAGACCAAUUUCCACACCUUACCCAACCAAGGAAUGGUUACAGCCAAAGAGACAAAGGGCUCACCAAUUGGGAACUACUUAUGUCUAUGAUUUCCCAGAGCUGUUCAAACAAGCAUUGGUCUCCUCUUGGAGGGCGUUUGAUCCAUCCGUCAAGGUUACUGACUCUUUCUUCUCUUAUGAAGAAUUAAUUCUUGAUGAUGCUGGUGAAGCUACUCCGGUUUCAAGAGAACCUGGUGCUAAUAACAUUGGUAUGGUUGGUUUCUUAGUUAAUGCAAAAACCCCAGAAUAUCCAAAGGGUAGACAGUUUGUCAUUGUUGCUAAUGAUAUCACUUUCAAGAUUGGUUCAUUUGGCCCUGAAGAGGACAACUUCUUCAACAAGGUUACAGAGUAUGCAAGAAAGUUUGGUAUUCCAAGAAUCUACCUAUCCGCCAAUUCUGGUGCUAGAAUUGGUAUUGCUGAAGAACUCCUGCCAUAUUACAAGGUCAAUUGGAAUGUUGAAGGUGAUCCAUCAAAGGGUUUCUCAUACUUGUAUUUGACUUCUGAAGAUUUGGCUGAACUGGAGCAAAGUGGUAAAGGAUCCUCUGUGAUCACUUCCAAGAUUGUUGAAAAUGGCGAAACUAGGCAUGUCAUUGAAACCAUUGUUGGUAUGGAAGAUGGUUUAGGUGUUGAAUGUUUGAAAGGUUCAGGUCUCAUUGCUGGUGCGACCUCUAGGGCUUACAAGGACAUUUUCACCAUUACAUUGGUAACAUGUAGAUCAGUUGGUAUCGGUGCUUAUUUAGUCAGAUUGGGUGAAAGGGCUAUCCAAGUUGAAGGACAACCAAUCAUUCUAACAGGUGCACCUGCAAUCAACAAACUGCUAGGUAGGGAGGUUUAUUCCUCUAAUUUACAAUUAGGUGGUACCCAAAUCAUGUACAAAAAUGGUGUUUCACAUCUAACUGCUUCAGACGACUUAGAUGGUGUUGAAAAGAUCAUGAAAUGGUUAUCGUAUGUUCCAGCUAAGAGAGGUCUACCUGUUCCAAUUCUUGAAGGUGUUGAUACUUGGGAUAGACCAGUAGACUUUACUCCAACCAAAAACGAACAGUAUGACGUUAGAUGGAUGAUUGAAGGUAAGGAAACUGAAAAUGGUUUUGAAUAUGGUUUAUUUGAUAAAGAUUCAUUCCAAGAGACCUUGUCUGGAUGGGCAAAGGGUGUUGUCAUUGGUAGAGCAAGGUUGGGUGGUAUCCCAAUGGGUGUUAUUGGUGUGGAAACUAGAACAGUUGAUAACUUAUAUCCAGCGGAUCCAGCGAACCCUGAUUCUACUGAAUUUUUAGUUCAAGAAGCUGGUCAAGUGUGGUAUCCAAAUUCAGCAUUCAAGACAGCACAAGCUAUCAAUGACUUUAACAACGGUGAACAACUUCCAUUAAUGAUCUUAGCAAACUGGAGAGGUUUCUCUGGUGGUCAACGUGAUAUGUACAAUGAAGUUUUGAAGUAUGGUUCAUUUAUCGUCGACGCUCUAGUUGAUUUCAACCAGCCUAUCUUUACUUAUAUUCCUCCAACUGGUGAACUAAGAGGUGGCUCAUGGGUUGUUGUUGAUCCUACAAUUAACAACGAUAUGAUGGAAAUGUAUGCAGAUAUCGAAUCCAGAGCAGGUGUCUUAGAGCCUGCUGGUAUGGUUGGUAUCAAAUACAGGGAGAACAAGUUAUUUGAUACCAUGAACAGAUUGGACGACCAAUGUAAAGAAUUGAAGGCUAAGGUGGAUGCUGCAACUAACGAAGAAGAAAAGGCAGAACUCCAAAAAUUAUUGAUUGCUAGACAAUCCAAGUUAUUGCCUGUAUACCAACAAAUAUCUGUCCAAUUUGCUGACUUGCAUGAUAGAUCUGGACGUAUGUUAGCAAAGGGUGUUAUCAGGAAGGAGUUGGCAUGGUCUGAAGCGAGAAGAUACUUCUUCUGGAGAGUGAGAAGAAGACUAAACGAAGAAUACCUAAUUAAGCGGAUUUCUGAUCAAAUACCAAAUGCUACUAGGUUAGAAAAGACCGCUAGGUUGAAUUCAUUCUAUCCUCCAACUUUGAACAUUGAUGAUGAUAAAGCUGUUGCUCUUUGGAUUGAAGAUAACCACAAACAACUAGACUCUCAACUCAAGAAAUUGAAGGGUGAUUCUGUUAAGCAGACGCUUGCCAAAUUAUUCAAGUCAGAUAUCAAGAAUACUACCCAAGGAUUGGCUGAAGUGCUAUCAUUACUACCUACCGAAGAAAAAGAAAAAAUCUUACAACUCAUUAAAUAG